AGCGGCGGUCCCCAGUGAGCAGCUAUUUACCGCGAAAGGCCACCUCGGCGCGACAGCCCGGGAGGUGAAGGCUGGCCCCUUUCUCUGCGGCUCGGGCUGGGCAAAGGGGUGAGAGAAAAGCCAGGAGUGCGGCAGCCCAGGCCGUUGCCUCGCGGCUCCCGCCGCUCUCCCUUGUCGACCCGCUGCGUUUGUUUGGAUUUAAUCUUCAGGUUGCCGGCGCCCGCCCGCCCGCGGGCCGCGCGGGGUGAAGGGGAAGCACCCGUGCAUGUGGCUGGCGCCUGCCGGGGCCGGACACCCACCCGUCCGCGCCGCUUGCCCGCGGCAGCCGCGCCCGUGAACCUCGGGGUCGUGUUUGUGUUUGACCCGCGGGCGCCCGCGACAGGGCGCGCGGCCGAGGCCGGUGCCAGCGGGGCGGGGCGGGCGCGGCGGAGGCGGAGGAAGAGGGAGCAGGAGCCCAGGAGGCCCGGCGCCGCCAUGGAGCUGGGCCCGGAGCCCCCGCACCGCCGCCGCCUGCUCUUCGCCUGCAGCCCCCCUCCCGCGCCGCAGCCGGUCGUGAAGGCGCUGUUUGGCGCACCUGCCGCCGGGGGUCUGUCUCCUGUCACCAAUCUGACGGUCACCAUGGACCAGCUGCAGGGGCUGGGCAGUGAGUGUGAACAGCCACCGAAGGCAAGAAACAGCAGUUUGCAGAGAAUGGGCUCCUCUGAGUCAACAGAUUCAGGCUUUUGUCUGGAUUCUCCCGGACCUUUGGACAGUAAAGAAAACCUUGAAAAUCCCAUGAGAAGAAUAAAUUUCCUACCUCAGAAGCUCUUGGGGUGUAGCCCAGCUCUGAAGAGGAGCCAUUCUGAUUCUCUUGACCAUGAUGUCUUUCAACUGAUUGACCAGGAUGAGAACAAGGAAAAUGAAGCCUUUGAGUUUAAGAAGCCAAUAAGACCUGCGUCUCGUGGCUGCCUGCACUCUCAUGGACUUGAAGAGGGUAAAGAUCUCCUUACACAGAGGCAGAACUCUGCCCCAGCUCGGAUGUUUUCCUCAAAUGAAAGAGAUAGCAGUGAACCAGGGAAUUUCAUUCCUCUUUUUAUGCCCCAGUCACCUGUGACAUCCACUUUGUCUGAUGAAGAUGAUGGCUUCAUGGAUCUUCUUGAUGGAGAAAAUCUGAAGAAUGAUGAAGAGACCCCGUCAUGCAUGGCAAGUCUCUGGACAGCUCCCCUAGUCAUGAGAAGAACUAUAAAUCUUGGCAAUCGAUGCAAGCUGUUUGAUUCCCCUUCCACAUACAGCUCCACUACCAGGUCAACAUUGAAAAGACCAGAAAGAUCUCAAGAGGAGUCCCCACCUGGAAAUACGAAAAGGAGGAAAAGCAUGGCGGGUUCCAGUCCUGGAGAGGCAGCUAGUCCAGAGAAGCCCCAGGAGGCUCUACAUCAGUCUUUAUCCCUGGCAUCCUCCCCAAAAGGGACCAUUGAGAACAUUUUGGAUAAUGACCCAAGGGACCUUAUAGGAGACUUUUCCAAGGGUUAUCUCUUUCAUACAGUUGCUGGAAAGCAUCAGGAUUUAAAAUACAUCUCUCCAGAAAUUAUGGCAUCUGUUUUGAAUGGCAAGUUUGCCAACCUCAUUAAAGAGUUUGUUAUCAUUGACUGCCGCUACCCAUAUGAAUAUGAGGGGGGACACAUCAAGGGUGCAGUAAACUUGCACAUGGAAGAAGAGGUUGAAGAUUUCUUACUCAAGAAGCCCAUCGUACCCACUGAUGGCAAGCGUGUCAUCGUCGUGUUCCACUGCGAGUUUUCUUCUGAGCGAGGCCCUCGUAUGUGCCGGUAUGUGAGAGAGAGAGAUCGACUUGGUAACGAGUACCCCAAACUCCACUACCCUGAGCUGUAUGUGCUGAAGGGCGGAUACAAGGAAUUCUUCCUGAAAUGCCAGUCUCACUGUGAACCCCCCAGCUACCGGCCCAUGCACCAUGAGGACUUUAAAGAAGAUUUGAAGAAGUUCCGUACCAAGAGCCGGACCUGGGCAGGGGAAAAGAGCAAAAGGGAAAUGUACAGUCGUCUGAAGAAGCUCUGAGAGCUGCGGUGCUAGGCAGCAGCAGCCAAGCCUCUCUUCCUUCCUCCUUUUCACCCUCUUUGCUGCAAAGAAACUUGAGCAAAGAGGCCAGCUGACAUUUGGAGAGAGGGCCUGGGGCUUCCAUGCUUUAAACCUACUUCCCACACUCCCACAAUUGGAGCCCAGACCAUCUUGCUGGCCAUGCCUCUUCUGUCCCCUGUAAGAUGUCCUCCUCCUGCAUCAGGACUGCUCUGCCAGGGCUAUAGUGCCACAGCACAGUUCUGAGCACCAAGUCCAGAUGUUCAAACUCUUCAUUCCCUGCAGCUGGAUGAGCCACUUGGGGCCUUACUGGGCACUGGCCUUCAUUCUUGAGGGGAGGGGAGGAAAGUGGAAGUGGAGAGAAGUUACACAAACAGAAAUGCUGCUGGCCAAAUACCAAAGACAGCCUGGGAAGGAAAGGUCUUUUUGGGAUAACCCAUAUCUUUAAUUUAUUCAACAUCAUCAAUCACUUUAUUUUUUUUAAACUCCUGGAGACUUAUUUAACUGCUUCUUUAGGUCAAAAUACUGCCAAUCUAGGUAGGGUUUUAGCAUCCCAGGGGCUACCUCUGCUUUUAAUUUAAAAAAAAAAAAGAAAGAAAGGAGGGGGGAAGAAGAGGCAAACUUGUGAGUUGUGGGACAGAGAAUUAGGAGCUCUGUCAACCCCAGGAGGCACUGCGGUACUGGGGCUGCUGCUAUUUAAAGUCAAGAACUGAGAUACUUACUGGUGGGAGCAGGCACUGGACUCAGGCUUGGCUACGGGACAUAAGCUAAACUUCCCAGACCUACCUCGAAGGCAAUGAGAUCUUUUUGGGGGGAGGUCACCCUGCCCUUCCUCUCCCCAGUUCCCUGUGAUGUUGGCUGGUAUAGGAGUCAGUCAGGAAAGCACUUCAGGCAGCUUCCAUUUGGCCAUCCCAGGUCAGUGUUGGAACAAAGUAGUUUAGGUACCCCAAAGUAGGGGGACAGGGAUGGGUGGGCUCUGUGGGACGGGGGAGGGGAGUAUACACUGAGUGUCUUCCUUCAAUUACUCUGAUACUCUUUGAUAGCUUUUACUUUAAUUUUUUAAAAAUAGUCAUUUAUGAGUCAAAGAGUAUCAAAUCAGUGUAAGCUGGGCCACCCAAGGGUGGAGAGAAGGGCUGGAAACCCUGGUCAUGACAAAAAAGGUGUGGGUGCUGGCAUAGAGAUGACCGCGUAGAAUGUGUUUCUCAGGAGGCAGCGUGGUGGAUUUUGAAGGUGAAACUUUCUGAGUUUAUCAUGUUUUAAUUUGAGGGACAGGAAGUGAUGGAUCAUCACCCUCCCCUCAUCUAACCCCAUGGAAGUGGGGGUCUCAAAGGAACACCUCCCAUCCAAGGAGCUGGGGCUGAUUUGAUUGAGUCUAGAUAGGCCUGUUUGGUCCCUGCUCAUCCCCACUCCUAGGUGCUAGCCUCCGCACCACCUUUGCUCCAUUGGGGUAUAGCCAACUUCGUCUUAUACACAAGAGUCAAUCUCCCCUCUUGCCUCUGCUUUCUGUUCUGGAGGUAGGGAGGGAAUCAAUGAUAUUGGAGAUGACUAGUUGCUGUGUUAUGGGUUUGAGUUGCAUUUGGCUAUAAAACAAUCUUGUUAGAAAAAGUAUGUGGGGAGGAGGGGAACAAAGGGGAGAGGGAAAUGACCUCUUCCCCCACACACAUUGAGAUACAUCGCAGUUGGUCUCUAUAAUCUUAUUUGUAGGGAUUCUGUUGGUUGAAUGCCAGAACAGGGAAGUGGGAUGACCUUCAGAUUGUACCAACUUAGCUAGCUUUGCAAACCAACUGUUGUAGUCUCUGAAAAUAAAAACAAUCUUGAACCCAUGUUCUCAGCUUGGUUCUUAUGGAUUUAAGAAGUUUGUUUCAUUGUAAGGUUUUAGGAUCAGAGUGACUAGGGCAACCACAUUUCCUUAUGAGGCCACAGUUUGCUCAUGUGGCCUGGCUUCAGAGAUGGCUGGAAUAACCUUCAAUUAUUACUUUGACUCCAAAAUAUUGUGACUCAGAUUGACUUGUAAGAUGAAAUAGGUACAUCUGAGUUUUGCCUGAACCACUGACAUUUCCUUACAAGACCUGUUAAUUCAUAUGGAUUUAGCCAUAAGCCAAGGAGAGACCCUGGAGGAGUUUUAAUUGUGUUCUAAAGGAGUUAGUUACAAAAUGAAAAAUCAAAUGUUGACAAGUCAUUUGUCCACAUACAACCAGAGAAACUUGAAAAUGUGGUGCUGGGCUAGUAGUGAAUUAUUCACCAAAGUGAGAAACAGCUGGGACAAAGGUUUUUACAAAAUAGGGUAGUCCUAGGGAUAGAAAGUAACUUGUGUUUAUAUGUGUGUCCAAACAGUAGUGACUCAAGCAUAUUUGAUAAACUGCUUUAAAUAUUUAACAAAUACUGCGAUAUAAACUAUUUCACCCAUGAUCCAACCUCAAGUUAAACCUCAUUUAGAUAAUGUAUUCCUUUCUGAUUUGCAUUACAAGAACUAAGACAAUGUAUGAAGAAAGUCUAGCACUACUCUGCAGUAAGCUUUAGGUUGGUGAGUUUACAUCUUGUGAAGACUUGGAGGAGAGAAUAUUCCACAUAGUACCAAAAGGCUCACAUUAAACACUAAUCUCCCUCAUCUAACACCUCAUUUCUUCCAGGUUGUUUUGUUUUGUUUUUUAACUACCAAAGAGACUGCAUGUUCAAGUAUUCCUCCCACCCUACUCUACAUUCAAUAGUUUCUGUAUUUUUCAGAGUACAUACGGAAUAUCUAAAGAUGACUGCAUAUGAGGUCAUGUGGUUAUAUUCUAAUGCAUCCCAUAUGCCUCCAAAACAAGAGUUUUUGAGACGAUACAGAGAUUUUUUUUUUAAUUAUUUAUUUAUACAAGCACUGGGUACAGUCAGAGGCGCAGGAGGGUGAGAGAAUUCACCAGAGCCAGAGCGGGGAGCAGAACAGGCAGAAGGACUGAAGUACACUGC